UAAACUUCCAGUAACUACUGAAUCAUUAACCACUUUCAAUACAGUAUGCAAAUCAGGCAGAGUCUUCUCUUGGGCUCUUUUCAAAUAUACUGGCUCAUCCCUCAGAACAUGGUCAAGACAUAUCUUGUAAGGAUAAUACCCAUUCUACAGAAUGGACACAAAUGGCACCAGAGAAUGCAUGAAGCUACCUGACUAUCUUGAAAAAUAUUAUCUUACCACCAUGUACUCUCUUGAAUUCAUCUUUGGCUUCAUUGGAAACGUUGUUGUUGGUUUGGGUUCACUUUUCUACUGGAAGACCUGGAAAAGUGGCAACAUCUACCUGUUCAACUUAAUCCUGUCAGAUUUAUCUUUCCUUUGCACGCUUCCAUGGCUAGUGUCAAGUUAUUCCAAAGGAACAGAUGACGACACGUGGUGCCAAUUUAAUAGAAUUAUCCUCUUCUUUAAUUUGUACACAAGCAUCCUUUUCCUGACUUUUAUAAGUAUUGACAGGUAUCUGCUCAUAAAGUACCCCUUCAAAAAUCACUUUCUGCAGAAGAGAGCCACAGCUAUUGUUAUCUCAGUAGCCAUAUGGAUCUGGAUUAUAUUGGAACUAUCUCCCAUAUACUACUUCAUCACCACUCAGAACAGCAGUGGCAGCCAAUGUUUAGAUUAUGCAAGUUCAGGAAAUGCCAUCCCCAACCUCAUCUAUAGCCUGAUCUUAACAGUCACUGGGUUUAUAAUCCCAUUGUGCAUCAUGUGGUUUUUUUACAUAAAGACUCGUGCUCUCCUUAUAAGCCACAGUUUGCAGAUCACUACCACUCUGCCACUUGAGAAGCCUCUCGUGCUAAUCAUUAUGGCAGUGAGCAUUUUCUCACUUCUAUUUGCUCCCUAUCAUGUCAUGCGUAAUGUUAGAAUUGCCUCCCGAGCAUCAUCAUUCUGGAAGUCUUCUGAAUGCACAAAGAACCUGAUUAAAGCUGUUUACACAAUAACAAGGCCUAUUGCCUUCUUGAACAGUGUAAUUAAUCCCAUCUUUUAUUUCUUAAUGGGGGAUCACUUCAGAGAGAUGCUUGUGAUCAAUGUAAGACAUUUCUUAAAAAGAAUUCUACCUUGCUAUAAAUGAAGUUUUGAGGAAGCUUUGAGCAAGAUGGAACACAUCAGAUUGCUAGUUUAUGGGGUACAAGCUACAAGUUUUACUAACAAUCUGUCAAUUGUCCAUGAACUCAAGUGGAUUCUAAAUGUGGAUUUCAAAUUCUGUUGUUUUCGUCAAGUAUUUCAUCCCAGCUUGAAAUAUUAUGGCGCGUGUUUGGGUCCCAUUAGGUGGAUAAAA